AUGUACUGUGAAGGAGACUACAAACUUCUGGUAUUUGACCCAGUAGUGGGACAAAGUGCACAUACUUUCGGCGCAUUAUCUGCUGAUGGAUUCUGCGAUGCUAGUACUCAGACUUGGUCAAUUGACGAGGGAAGUGGAAAAUUCGUGACAAUCAAUCAGAUGAACGGAGUUUGUGUGAAAAAUUCCAAAUGUCGGUGUGCUUCAAUGGACCUGUACAAUGAAAACGCUGGGUAUUACAUCGGCCAAGACAGUUUUUACCAAAGCUAUGUGAAAGACAAUGUUUUCGUUCCUGCAAAUGUAACACUCUCCGCUGAUGGCUGCCAGUUCAAACGGUUUUGUCCCGGAAAUAGCGAACCUAUCAUAUAUUGGUCACGUCCCGAUGAUCCCGAUUACUUGUCGCAAAUGGAGUACAUCACCGAUAAAUCAACGUGCGAUCCGAAAACCGGCAUUUGGGCUUUGACCGACGGUACCACUAUUCGAUAUGCCGAACUAUUUGCACCAAUGUGUGUGUUCCGUGAUCGCUGCGCCACUUGUGACUUUCUGGCUCUACAGCCUUCGAAUAUAUUCGAAAUCGUUUCAACAGAAAAUCCGUUAUACAAAAUUUUUACAAUGACGACAAUUAGGAGCCCAACUAUUCAAAUGGAGGACUGUAGGAUGUCUAUGUCCUGUGAAUACGUUGGCUACUCCCUUAUAAUGCUCGACCCAAUAACCGCGAAGAAUAGUGGCUAUACUGUAAGAAACAUCCAUCUGAACCAUUAA